AUGGCAGAGACUUACACCCAGAGGGCUGAAAAGCAUCCUUCGCCUGUGGCACAGCGUCUUCUCCGUCUAAUGGAGACGAAAAAAUCCAACUUAUGUGCAUCUGUGGACGUGAACACUACUAGUGAGUUCUUGGCCCUCAUCGACAAGUUGGGUCCUUCCAUCUGCUUGGUGAAGACUCAUAUUGAUAUCAUAGAUGACUUUUCCUAUGAAGGCACCAUUGUCCCUCUUCUCGACCUUGCCAAGAAGCACCACUUCAUGAUCUUUGAGGACAGAAAGUUCGCUGAUAUCGGAAACACUGUGAAGCACCAGUACUCUGGUGGUGCUUUCAAGAUCGCCCAAUGGGCUGACAUCACCAACGCUCACGGCGUGACUGGUGCCGGUAUUGUCAGCGGAUUGAAACAGGCUGCUCAGGAAACCACCCAGGAGCCUCGUGGCUUGUUAAUGCUCGCUGAGCUCUCCAGUAAAGGCUCAUUGGCUUACGGUGAAUACACCAAGCAGACCGUUGAGAUUGCCAAGAGCGAUAAGGACUUUGUCAUUGGUUUCAUUGCCCAGAGAGAUAUGGGUGGCCAGGACGAGGGAUUCGACUGGUUGAUCAUGACCCCUGGUGUCGGUCUCGACGACAAGGGAGAUGCCUUGGGCCAGCAGUACAGAACCGUGGAUGAAGUCAUUUGCACCGGCACAGACAUCAUCAUUGUCGGACGUGGUUUAUUCGGCAAAGGAAGAGAUCCGCAGGUGGAAGGUGAACGGUACAGAUCGGCAGGAUGGAACGCCUAUCUUAAGAAGACAGGCCAAUAA